AUGGAUAGAAGUAAUCAGUCCACAGUGUCAGAAUUUGUGUUUUUAGGACUUGCUCAUUCACACAGUGUUCAGCUUUCACUAUUUGUGAUGUUUGUGAUGCUUUAUAUACUCAUUGUAUCUGGAAACAUUGUCAUUAUGUCUAUAAUAACCAUUGACCCCCAUCUCCAUUCCCCUAUGUACUUCCUGUUGGCCAACCUGUCCUUUAUUGAUAUGUGGUUUUGCUCAGUCACAACUCCUAAAAUGAUCACAGACUUUCUCAGAGAAAACAAGACCAUUUCCUUUUCAGGGUGCAUGUCUCAAGUCUUCUUCAUCCAUUGCAUUGGUGGAGGAGAGGUGGUGUUGUUGGUGGUUAUGGCUUAUGACCGCUAUGUGGCCAUCUGCAAACCACUCCACUACUUCACCAUCAUGAACCUGAAAAGAUGCACUGAGUUGGUGUUGACUUCCUGGAUGACUGGCUUUAUUCAUGCCAUGAGUCAUCUGGUAGUGUUUCUGCAACUGCCUUUUUGUUCCCAGGAAAUUGAUAGUUUUUUCUGCGAUAUACCACUGAUUAUCAAGUUAACUUGUAUGGAUUCUCAUGACUUGGAUAUUUUCACAAAUGUUGACUGUGGAGUUGUGGGUAUACCGUGCUUCAUUGUGUUGUUCAUAUCCUAUACAUAUAUCCUUAGAACUGUUCGCCAGAGCUCUAAAGCUGGUGCAUCUAAGGCCCUGUCCACAUGUACUGCCCACAUCACAGUGGUGAUGAUCUUUUUUGUGCCCUGCAUCUUCAUCUAUGUGUGCCCUCUCCAAAUCACCUGGUUGGACAAGUUUCUUGCUGUGUUUUACUCUGUUUUUACACCUCUCCUAAAUCCAGCCAUUUACACAAUGAGAAAUAAAGAGAUGAAAAAUGCCAUUAAAAGGUUGAUAAACAAUUACAUGGAUUCCAAAAAAAUUCCCAAUAUCCAGAAAUUUGUACUAAAUAAUUCAAGUAACUGA